AUGGCACCAGGCGUCGCCCGGUACACGAUCCUCGCCUUCGGGCUCUCCUCCUUCAUCGCGGGCGUCGGCUCCCUGAUGCGCCCGUCCGGAGCGCUCGCGUCGCUGAACCUCCCAGCCGCCGCGCUGCCCGCCGCAAACGGCAACGCCCUUGCCGCCAUCGCCAUGGGCGUCUACUACACCCUGGCCGUCGCCCAGGAGAAUCGGCCGUUCUUCCUCGCUACCGUGCCGAUGCGCCUCGCGUCUGCAGUCGUCUUCUGGCGGCAGGGCUGGGUGGGGGUCGCGGCGUGGGAGGGCGGAGGCGCGGCCCUGACGCUGCUCGCAUUGGCGUGGGAUGCCCGACGAGCAAAAGGGAAGACGGCUUGA